AUGUAUAAAAGGAAUGACUUCAUGGCCAAUGUGAUGGUCACUUCUGCCACUCCAGAGGGUAGUAGCAGCUCAGAUUCUCUGGAAGGGCGAAGUUCAGAUUAUGCCAAUAAAAGCUACGAUGCAGUUGUAUUUGAUGUCUUGAAAGUAACUCCUGAGGAGUUUGCCAGCCAGAUUACACUGAUGGAUACGCCAGUGUUUAAAGCUAUACAGCCCGAGGAACUAGCGAGCUGUGGAUGGAAUAAGAAAGAAAAACACAUCCUUGCUCCAAAUAUUGUUGCCUUUACUAGGAGGUUUAACCAGGUCAGUUUUUGGGUUGUACGAGAAAUAUUAACAGCACAGACCUUAAAAAUAAGGGCAGAAAUAUUGAGCCAUUUUGUGAAAAUAGCUAAAAAGCUUCUAGAACUGAAUAACCUUCACUCUCUUAUGUCUGUGGUGUCAGCGCUGCAGAGUGCACCUAUCUUCAGACUGACCAAAACCUGGGCUCUUUUGAAUCGCAAAGACAAGACCACCUUUGAGAAGUUGGACUACUUACUGUCUAAGGAAGAUAAUUAUAAAAGGACACGAGAGUACCUCAGAAGCUUAAAAAUGGUUCCUUCUAUCCCGUAUUUAGUGCAUAUACUUUGUAAGAAAUCCGUGACACGUGGUAUUGUGUUGAUUUUGAAUGGUGUGGAGAUAGCUUUUUGUUUGGGAUUUUUGUUUGCCCUGAGCAAGGGCCAUGGACCCGUAAAGAAACCCACCUCAGAAGAAUAUGAGAAUUAUCCCAGUCAGUGUGUCAUAGAUGUGUCUGAUCUCUAA